UUGAUUGGUCGGAGGUUUGUAGUAGUCGUCGUGCAAAAGGGUGGCGGAAUCGGCAGGCGCCAUCACGCGGGUCACCGCGACCGUGGCAAAAAGAAAGGGCUGUUACUUUCUUUGUCCAGCCAGUUACCGUGAUCUCACCAAUACCGAAAAGAUGGUAAUGAUGGCUGGUAUGGACGACCACGAGCGCAAAGUCGUCUUAGAAUUUUGUCAUUUGCUUGAAAAAAGUAAGCAAUUAUUCAACGGGCUAAGGGAUUUGCCACAAUACGGACAUAAGCAAUGGCAGGGCUACUUUGGUCGCACCUUUGACAUCUAUACGAAGCUAUGGAAAUUCCAGCAACAACACAGGACGAUACUGGACACGAAAUACGGACUGAAGAGAUGGCAAAUCGGGGAGAUCGCAAGCAAGAUCGGUCAGCUCUAUUACCAUUAUUAUUUGCGUACCAGCGAAACGAGUUAUUUGCACGAGGCCUAUUCGUUUUACGCGGCGAUAAGGGGUCGCGCAUAUUACAGUCGUGCCGCGAAAGAGGACAGAAGCGAUUUGAUGGUUAAAAAGCUUAGAUAUUACGCACGUUUCAUCGUCGUUUGUCUAUUAUUAAAUCGUAUGAAACUGGUAAGGGAAUUGGUUCAAGAAUUGGACGCCCAAAUAGCCGAUUACACGAGCACCUAUGAACCGGACGAUCAACUAGAAUGGAAUCUGGUCUUAGACGAGAUAAAAGCAUUCGUUAAAGCUGAGUCUGCUGUAGUACUACAUUCGGAAUCAGAUCCGGUUGUCCUGAGUCAUAGGCUUAGGCCACAGACCUCGCCACCUGUCGAACGUUCGCCACCCAUGUGCCUAUCCUUACAGGAGAUCCUCAUUGUCGGUAAUUGCGCCGACCAGGUGAAGUUCAGUGAAUUAUCAAUGGACAUGUUCAGGAUGUUGCAGACCCUUGAAAGAGAACCGAGGGACGAUCCUAAUCAUCUUCACGAUGCUUCGCCAGCCGGUAGGAUGCCUUUCAGACCGGGACCUUAUCCCGGUGCGGAAAACGACGCACCUAGGCGCGACAAUCCGCACAAGUACCUGCUUUACAAGCCGACCUAUAGCCAGGUACAGGUGUUCCUAGCAAGUGGUUUCAAGGAAUUACCCGCUAAUGGUGCUUUAUUGCUCUAUCUAUCGGCCGACGGCUGCUUUUCUACCGUCAAACAUCCCGAAGAAAGGUACGACCUAGGUGGCGUGUCAACGUGCAGCAAACGGGAAGUCGAACAUGGAAAAAGGCCGACGGGUGGUAAAGAACCGCACUGCCUUUAUCCAGGUGACCUCUACCCGUUCACCAGGAAGCCGCUAUUCGUCGUAGUAGAUUCGGACAACAGCUUUGUGUUCCAACAGAUACCACGUUAUUUUGGGCAACCUUUGAUGGUCCUUAUGUCGCCCCAGGACACGCCGUCGACUUUGCGCGACGUACGGCACAGCGGUAGCCUGUUCACCCUAUUUCUUCAUGCCCCUCUUGCCGCCUUUUGCCUUAUAUGCAACGUCGGGAGCCUCGAUAUGUAUCAUUGGGAGCGUUGCCAGCGUUACAUCGAGCGAUUCCUCAACGAGGCCAGCUUGCUCGUAACGAACUCCCGAUGUGAAACCAGCGUGCUGCAGUUCUUCGGUGACGAUUUCCUGCGGUUACUUCUGGUACGUUACGUUUUCUGUGACGUUGUACUUUAUCUUCAUCGUUCGUUCAGAGGACGCCAACAAAGACCUCGCUGUUAUCCGGCAUUACCUGACGCCGAAAUUCUUGAAAAUCGUACUCUACGUCAUCUUGUAUUCGAGCUGGCCACUUGCCUAGAUGCUCGCGAACAUUUUCCUGACGGCCACGAACUCGCCUGACCCAGGCAUUUUUCUUGCUCGCAGCCGGCCGACGACACCUCGUCGUUCUUACAGUCAUCUUACCAAUGCGAUUACGAUUACGAUUACGAUUACAAUGACUGUAAUUACAAUUACAACAAUAAAAUCGUUACAUUGAGACCUCAUUAAACCGCGUCUUGCCAGUAA